AUGGAUAAACUUCAAACAUGGGCUGAUGGGGCAGUUGUGACGAGGAACUCCAGACCCAAUAUUGUGCUGCUUGUGGCAGAUGACCUUGGGGUGGGGGAUUUGUGCUGCUACGGUAAUAACACAGUGAGCACACCUAACAUCGACCACCUAGCGAUCGAAGGAGUGAGGCUCACCCAGCACCUAGCGGCCGCGUCCGUGUGCAGCCCCAGCAGAGCAGCCUUCCCGACGGGCUGGUACCCCAUCCGAUCAGGAAUGGCCUCUCCCUUUAACCUGAACCGCACCCUCCCCUGGCUCGGCGGAUCAGAUGGACUGCCCACCAACGAAACAACUUUUGCCAAGCUGCUGCAACAUCGGGGCUACCGCACUGGACUGAUCGGUGGCAAAGGAAUGGGGGGCUGGCAACGGGGAAUCCGUGUCCGGUGGCCGACAGUCCUGGAGGCUGGGAAAGUGAUUGAUGAGCCAACGAGUCUGAUGGAUAUCUACCCCACGUUGUCCUAUGUCGGUGGAGGGAUACUGCCCCAGGACAGGGUGAUUGACGGCAGGAACCUGAUGCCCCUGCUGGAAGGCAGGGUCUCCCACUCGGACCACGAGUUCCUCUCCCACUACUGCGGGGUCUACCUGCGCACAGUGAGGUGGCACCAACGGGACUGUGCUACCACGUGGAAGGUUCAUUAUGUGACUCCAAAAUUCCACCCAGAGGGCGCUGCAGCCUGUUACGGAAGCGGGAUGUGCUCGUGUUCCGGGGACGUCAACUACCAUGACCCACCACUGCUCUUCGACAUCUCAAGGGACCCUUCAGAAGCCCAACCUCUUAACCCUGACUAUGAAGCGCUCUUUGACUCUGUGGUCAAGAAAAUCGAGGCAGCGGUCAAGGAACAUGGUAGGACUCUAACGCCUGUACCCCAGCAGUUGUCCGUGUUCAACAGCAUCUGGAAACCGUGGUUACAGUCCUGCUGUGGGACAUUUCCUUUCUGUGGGUGUGACAAGGAGGAUGACAUCAUAUCCAUCGCUCAGGACACAGAGCCCCUGUUCGACCUGGUGACUGAGAAGGUGGCCCCCGCCCUGAGGGAUCACCAGGUAUCGGUGGUUCCCACCCAGGAGCAGCUGUCGGAGUUAAACGGGGACAGGGUGUGUCUGAAGCCCUGCUGUGGGGUGUUCCCGUUCUGCCUGUGUGACAAAGAUGGGGAGCGCUCGGCUGGGGAGUCGUAA